AUCCACGACCAUACCUGAACAAAGGGUUCCGCAGACGAAUACGUAUUAAAGGCACACAACAUCAUCACGACACGCUGUAAACACCAAGUCACAUUCUCCCACUCGCCGUGAUGGCUCUCGGAGCUUCGGCUCCGUCGUCCUCCUCAGCUGGUAGCUCGAGGCGGCGAAGGCCUGAGAGACGCGUCAUGGAUGUGCGGGUCUGGUAUACACUAGAGUCAUCCCCUCACCGCAUGCUCGCUCCUUUGGGUCGUCCGACGGGAAUCGAGCUUCUGCCACCUAUGAGGCGCUCUUCGAACACUACUGGCGAGAUGAGUGGCGCUACUGGUAGCGCCACGCAGCGAUUCGGCAAGGUCACGCUCAAGACGUGUCUGAGCGCAAUCUGCAUCUCUAGUCCUGAACUGAUUCUCGAUCGCAAGAAGGACUUCAUCCUCUACGUCGUGGAUCCUGAAGAGACGUACAAGGCAACAAAGAGGCAGCGAGCUCACAGAGCCUCUACCACGCAAACAUCGCCUUCCGUCGCAUCUGGCUCUCGCGAAAGGGACACAUCGAAGGAUCCCAAUUCCAUCUUUGUGGGCAGGGGUUUCUUCGGUUGGGUAUUGGAGGAAGAGGGGGACGGUGACACAGUGGUGGUCGGCAAGGUCUCCUCCGAGAGAUCAGAUCGCAGCUGGGAUCAGAGCAGUGACUCGGAUCAGGAGGAAGAGGAAGACGACGUCGUCGAGUACCUCGAUGUUGAGAUCCGCAUGAAGGAGACACAGGCGCAGAGCCGGGAGCAGUACUUCAACAUGCUGAAGCAAUUCGGCGGGACAACAAAAUCGACGAGUGCUGCUGCUACGCCUACUUCUUCUGGAGGUGCCAAAAGGCAACCGAUCUCUGCUAGUUCGCCUGUCAGGCAGCGCCCCACGCAACAAAUCUCUCAGCCUGGACCCAGCAGGUCCACCACUGGACUCUCAGCACCCACGCCCAACUCGCAACGGAGUUCGUCUCCGAUUCCCCCUCCUCAGCUCCCAGCCCAAUUGCCACCUGGAACCACAUCUGCCCAACAGGCUCAAGCAAUGCAAUUGUUAGCACUGGUACAGGCUCUGCAAGCCCGGCAGGCGCAGAACCAAGUCAACAAUUUGCCAACCAUUGCCGAAGGGGGACAAGGCGCAAGGCUGAAUCGGUCUGUGUCACAACCGCAGUUCAAGAGUGGCGCCGCUGUGACUCCUGCUUUCUCGCGGACUUUCAUGCUACAACUGUGGACAAGAGGACAGAAUCAAGGCCGUCUGGCGCAUCGUCACUCUCAGCGAGGGCACCAAGGUACCUUUUCCAGGGGCUUUUGAGUCCAACCCUUGCAAAGAUGCGACCCCAGUGGAGGAGCGACAAGGUCUGGAGACCGAUUCGGCCGGCUUUGUCACCGCGAAUGGCCGCAGUUCCUGGCGUGCCUGCAACC